AUGGCCAAGAGAAAGAUGCUGCCGUUUGAAGAGGGCUUGCUGAUCUGGCUGAAUAAGCAGCUGCCUGAGGCCCAUUUUAUACUAUUCUAUGAUCACCGGAUAGCUCAGCCGUUCUCUUCUAAGAUACUCUCACAUACACUGAAGAGUAUGACCUCAGAAUUGAUUACUCAGCGUAUCAAUAUAAAGGUCUGGCGGCAUCUAAUGCAAGGCUUUAUCCGGUAUGGGCUAGGUCUAGCCGAUCCGCUAGACGAUUUGGGUACUGAUAGGCUAGAUGCGGAAGGCCUUAGAGCUGAACAGAUGAACCAUUCUCGUGGAACCGGCUUAGCUGUAUAUGGCCGAAAUAUAGCAAGCUUCCAGGGUAUUAGGGCAGAUAUCCAAACAGCUUUGAUUAGCUUUAGUCAACAAUAG